AUGACAAUAUAUAUAUUGUAGUAAACCAGCAAGAAUCCAACCAUUACUACAUGCUUAAAUUAGAUUUAAACCUAUCUGAAAUAAUUUGCAGGCUUGAUUUUUAGCCCCGAUUAGAAAAGAAUCUUUGUCUCUUAAGCUGAUUUGACUUCAUUAAACAUAAUUUCUCCUUAAAUUUACAAGCAGUCAGAGAACGAAGUUGGAGAUAUUAUGACAAAUAAUAGAAUACCUUUUAUUGACUACGAUCAAACUCGUGAUGUUUACUAUUUAUGCUAUUAGUAUUAAACUAGGACAGGCACUUAAGCAGGGAUUAUCAUGCAUAGCUAAGCAACCAACUAAUUCACCAAUCUUCAUUUCUUAUAAGAAUAAGAUCAAGUUUUCUAAAAUACAGGCCCGUCAACCAAUAGAAAUUUGAACACAUAAUUGAAAAUUCAGGAUUUCAAAAAAAUGAAAUUUUUACUAGCUCCAUUUAAGUAAUGGGGAGAUAUUGAUAGUUUUAUUUUAAAGAAUAAAUACUUGCAGAUAAUUGCAAUUAAGAAACUUAUAUCUCGUUAGCGUUAUAUUAAGAAAUCCCAGAUUUUACAAUGA